UUAGCGAGGCAGAAGUGGAAAGAGGAAGAGCGUAGCUAGUUAGCUUUAUAUUCGUUAAUAUUGGCAUAACAACCGAUUUAUAAAUCCGAUCUUGUAAUUAUAAACAGAUGUUGUGCGUUUAAGUAUUAAUCUAACUACUAUCACACUCGAUUAGACUACACAAUGGAUUCAAAUUCAAGCAAUCGGUCUCCGAGAGAAGAAGGGGAGCUCGAAGACGGAGAGAUCUGCGAUGAUGACACAGACGAAAAUGUGCUUGUACAGCAGCAGGGUACAACGAGGCCUACUACCAUGAAUAACAGCAACUCCUCACGAAAUACAUGGAAAUCGAAAAAACCGGCACGAACUUUACCACCUAUCAUGGGUAGCCAUCCUACAGAUUUUCGACUUUUAAUUCCAUACAACCGCGGACCUCAUUCGCUCAGUUCCGGCUUUACCGCGAACCACAGACAGCAAGGCGGACCAAGUGGACCCGUCCGGUUACCACUGGGGCCUCGCUGUGACCAGAGCCCGCGUUCCAGCUUCUGGGAACGAAGUCACACAGCCCUGGGUCGAUUGAGGCACCAGGGGAAACCAGAUGACGGUCGCGGGGAUUGGGGACAAGGAGGCUGGGGAGACGGAUGUGGGGGAGGGAGAGAGGCUGGUAGGCCUCCCCCUGGUCGUUAUGUGCCCGGGGAGAAUCACAGUAACAAGAAAGAAUCUCCCUCGAGAAACAAACAGAAGGUAAUGAUGGGGAGGAAUCAGGUAAGAAACCAACAGAUGAUGCACAACAACAAUGCUGCCAAAAUCGAGAAUGGUGUUGACGAGAGUUUCGAGGAUCUGCUCACGAAGUACAAGCAGAUUCAGCUGGAGCUGGAAUGUAUUAGAAAAGAAGAAAACCUGGUUCUGAAGCCCAAAGACCUGCCAGCUCAGAACGAGGCUGAGGUCUCUGCAAGUAUUCCCCUAACCGAGCCAUUACCCGACACUAACAGUAUUCCCAAUGAAGCUGCUGCAGGGGACCCACCAGGCCCAGAGAAGACAGAGGAGAAAAGGGGUUUUCAGGCGUUCAACCUCAAACCUCUACGUCAGAAACUCCUCACUCCUGCAGAAAUUGAUGCGCUCAAAAUAAAAACGGAAAACAAAGAUUCAGAGGAGGAGGACAGUGACGUGGAGAGUGAAAAAGGUCCUGUUGAACCAGUUGCUAUCCCGGCUGCUACUCCCAAAGGAGAGGAGGAAAAAGAUGGUGUGAAGAAAGAGGCAGAUGAAAAAGAGGGGGAGAAGGAUGCAAAAGUCUGCUGCAGGGAAUCAUCAGAGGACUCCGCUAAAUCCCCUGUCAAGCCUGAAGUGAAGGGGAGAAAUGAAGAUGAGGACCUGUCUGAGCUGCAGCUGCGUCUCCUGGCCCUGCAGUCAGCCAGCAGGAAGUGGCAGCAGAAAGAACAGCAAGUGAUGAAGGAGAGCAAGGAUAAGAUCACCAAGGCCAAGCCCUCCCAGGAGAAGACCUCCAGCUCCUCUGCCUCCAGUGCCACACCACCAGAGAGGGGCAGAGUCACCACCAGGUCUGCCUCUGCUGCCUCGGAGAAGGCCAAAGCUCUGGCCAACAAGCCCCAGGAGAAGGCCAAGGCUGGGGUUAAGCCUCCAGCGGAGAAAGGCAAAGCUCCGGUCAAGGGGUAUCAUGGGAGGAAGACAGUCAGCCCAGGUUUUGAUCCCCUAGGCUCGGCCGCCAAGCAGGCAUUCCGAAAGCAGCAGCUAAGGACGUGGAAGCUCCAACAGGAGAGAGACCAGGAGGAGCAGCGGAGACAGGAGGAGGAGGAACGCCGCCGGAGGGAGGAAGAGAUCCGCAAGAUCCGGGACCUGUCCAAUCAGGACGAGCAGUACAACCGCUUCAUGAAGCUGGUGGGCGGGUCCAAGCCGCCGCUGCUGCGCAACCGGAGCAAGUCCAAGGACAGCGACCACACCAGGAAGUAUUCUGGUAAACAGGGAUUGGACACAUCAGGGAACCUCUACCAGUAUGACAACUAUGACGAGGUUGCCAUGGAUACUGAUAGUGAGACCAAUUCUCCAGCGUCUUCUCCAGUACAUGAUCCAUUUGAGAUCCCAGGAUGCUUCAGUCACAUGCCCAUGCCUUUCCGUAUGGAAUCCCCCACUCAAUGCAGAAUGGAUUUGGGACAGCCGCGUUUCCUGUCCGUCAUUCCAUCUGCGGCCCCUCCACCAUUACCCCCAAUGCCCCCACCCCCGGAUGAGCUGGAGCCUCCCCCAAAGCCGCCGUUCGCUGACGAGGAAGAGGAAGAGGAGAUGUUGCUUAGAGAGACCUGCCUCAUGUCUAUGACCAACAAGAAGGUGCCACUGCCCGAGGAUAUGACCCUUGACAGCGGCCCCCCCCCUCCCUCCGUCCUGGUCAGUCUGGUCCAACCUGUGCCCAGGAGCAACCCUAGUGUGGUCAGCCUCAACACAGCACCCCAGCCAUGGAGCAACAAGUUCAGCCGUGGGCACCACCUUCCCAGGCUGCUACUGAUGCUCCCACGGCACAAGGCUGUGGUGGUACAACUGAACGGUUCAGACGACAGUGACUCAGACAUGGAGGCCUGCAGCAGUUCUACACAGACACAGUCUGUCUUUGGAGGCCUGGAGUUCAUGAUUAAGGAGGCACGCAGGAAUGCAGAGGCAGCGAAACCCAAACCGACCACAGGACCUGAGAAGGAGAACAACCCAGUCAGAACCCCAGAGGCUCUAUCUGACGAGAAGAAGGAGGAGUAUCAGCUGCUCAAAGAAGAAAUAGCCAGUAGGGAGAAGCAGAAGAUUCUGAAGGACCACAGUCCCCGAGGUGUGCCCUCUCCUGCAGGCUCUGAUCCCGAUGUGGACUUCGCUGCCAAGGCAGCGGUCGAGCUACAGCUGACCGAGGCAGAGACCAUGCUGACCAAACACGGAAACCUGCUCCUGAAGGACGAGGCCAUCCUGAGGCAGCUCUUACAGCAGGAGCAGAAGAAGGAGGAGGCUUUGAAGGCAGCGGAGGCCAAAGUGGCCAAGCUCAAAGAACAGCUCCUGGCCUCAGAGAAGAUAGUCAGCGCCAACAAGACCCUCCUCAACAGACUCCAGGAACAGGUUAAUCGUGUUCAGCACCGCGUCUCAGUGAAGAAGAACAACGGCCUGAAGUUGGAGGAGGAGCUGGUCCAAGCCCAGGCUGCGGCAGGCAGAAGGCCAGGGGGUCAGAAACGACGCACGGACGUCAGCCACCCCUCGCCUGUGAAGCGUCUGUGUGUGGAAGUCUCUGUGGCCCCCCGCGGCUCAGAAAGGCACUUCGCCGACCUCCUGGCCCAGAAGCGGCGUCUGCAGCAGCUGGAGUCAGAAUACGCCCUCAAGAUCCAGAAACUCAAGGAGUCCCAGGCCCUCCACAACAGAGGGGCUGUCCCUGAACCCCCCUCCACCCCAGGCCACCUCCACCCCUCUCCCCAAGGCUCGCCAGCCCAGCGGUCCCCCCACCAGCCCCUUCCCCUGCCCCAGCCCUCCCUGCACGACCUCACCCAGGAUAAACUCACCCUGGUCAGCAGCGACGACCCCACAGAGACAGAGGAGAGCGACCUGGAACCUGCCGCUACAGCCACGCCCUCGGCCCGGAGUGUUCGUAGACGCUCCUUCAGAGAGACCGGCUCCUUCACCAAGCCUAAGCUGGACCCUGGUGGGGCUGGGCUGGUCAAGGAUAGUCCAGCCAAGCCUGUUACGGUUAAGGCCUCUGGGCCCGGGGAGCUUUUCCUGGGGCUAGAUGUGGAGGCCCUGCAGAGGAGGGACCAGCAGCAGGCCAGGCUGGGAGAGCUGCUGCUGGGGGAACUACUGGCGCUAGGGGGCACUGUGGAGAAACCCCCUUCUGGGAAGGUGAUAUCGGUGGAUGUGGACACCAUGGCUGGCCAAUCAGGCCGUGUCGAGCUGAAGCCUGUCCCCUUUGGACCAUAUCGCAGCCCUCUCCUGGUCUUCAAGUCUUAUAGGUUCAGUCCAUACUUUCGGACCAAGGAGAAGUUAUCACUCAGUUCUGUGUCUUACAGCAACGUUGUAGCGCCCAAAAAAUGUUUCUGUCGCUUCGACCUCACGGGCACAUGCAAUGACGAUGACUGCCAGUGGCAGCACAUGAGAAACUGCACUUUUGGUGGAAACCAGCUGUUCCAGGAUAUCCUGUCGUACAACCUGGCCCUGAUUGGCUGCUCCGAGAGCAGUACUACUGAUGACAUCAAUGUUGCCACAGAGAAGUACAUCAAACAGCUGUUUGGGGCUAACAAGGAUCGCAUGGGGAUGGACCAGAAGGCUGUUCUACUCGUCAGCAAAGUGAAUGAAAGCAAAAGACAUGUCCCUCCCUUCACCACGUGUAAGGAUCUCAGGAGAUGGAGGCCUCAGCCCGCUCACCAGGCUAGCCCAAACACAGGGGACGACAGCUGGGACGAGAGUAGAGACACUGGUCCAGUCAAAUACGACGGUUGUUCCAAGAUAAGUUUUUCUGCUUCCCUGGAUGUGUGUGGGACCCCAGACGACAAGCGUUACUUCAUUAGUGAGACUGACGACAUAUCUAACCUGGAGACCAGUGUCCUAGAGAGCCCCCACAACGCACAGCUCUGGAUCAAACUGGCAUUCAAAUAUCUCGGCCAGAAAGAAACGUCAGCGGCUGAGUGCCUGGACGCUGCGUUGAACACUCUGUCUCGGGCCCUGGAAGACAACCGGGACAACCCAGAGAUCUGGUGCCAUUACCUGUCUCUGUUCUCCCGCCGAGGGAAGAGGGAUGAGGUGCAGGAGAUGUGUGAGAUGGCUGUGGAGCACGCCUCCGACUACCAAGUCUGGUGGAGUUACCUAACCAUGGAGAGCUCGUUUGAGGGGAAGGACUAUGUGUGUGGUCGUCUGCUGCAGUACCUGCUGGACUGUGCUGGGACUAGUGGUCUCUCUGAGAGGCUGUCCUUCCAGCUAUUGGAGUCUCUACUCUACAGGGUCCAGCUCAGUGUGUUCACAGGCCGGCUACAGAACGCCCUGGCCAUCCUACAGAAUUCCUUGAAGUCAGUCACUGAGCGGUGCAUUGCUGAUUACCUUACCAUAAGUGACCGCUGCCUGGUCUGGCUAUCCUUCAUCCACCUGAUGGAGUUUGACCGCCUGCCGGCCAGCCUGUACGACCCGGCUAACUCCAAUCCCUCCCGAGUGGUCAGCAUCGAGGCCUUUGACCUCCCCUGGAGAACACCGCUCGAUGUCCGCACAGAGCCUGACACACUAAUCGCUGUGUUCGAAGAUGCACUGCGUCAGUGCACAGACCAGACUCUGCCUCCCAGUGAAAGAACCCUGGCCUGUUUGCCUCUACACACUAACCUCAUCACUGCCUAUAGCCUGCUGGGAAGGUACGAUGCGGGCCUUGAGCUGUGCGAGUCCCUGUUGGCGCUGUGCCCGCACUCCUGUGCCCUGUUAGAUGCCCUGUCAGGCCUGUAUGUGGGGAAGGGGGAUGUUGAGCAGGGUGUUGGGGUGUGGCUACGGGCACUUUCCCAGUGUCCACACAAUGCAGAGGUCUUCUACCACACCUGCAAGUUCCUCAUGGCUCAGGUCAGUCUCUCUCUGUGGGCUGUGUGGAGCUCCUGUUCAAUUCAAUACAACUUUAUGUAUCCAGCCCCUUCAAUUAAGAAAGGCAUUGUCAAUUUACAUUUUAACAGUCAUUCUGUGUCUUUUCAACUAAGAUUUCUGACAGGAUUCACAGAAGGAUUUCAUGAUCUAGCUAGCCUGUAUCAUAUCUCUGAACAGGAGAAGUCCAGUUGCAUCGCUCCUCUGUUCCGAGGGUUCGUCCUGUCUUUCUGUGACGAGGAUAGAAGUGACCAGCAACCUGUGGAUGUGCUACGGUACAUCCUUUGUAUUCCAACAGAGGACAUCCUAAGAGGCCCAGUUAUCAAAAAACAACUUAAAGAGCAGCUUAGCCACCAGAUGCCUUACCUAAACCUCGUCCAUUGUCUGUGGCAGUGGGUGCACAGUAAUGUAGGGGAGGUGAUUGAUGCCUUCGAGAGAGCCCUGGGAGCCAUAAUGCAGCUGGAUGUUCUUCACAAACUGUGGAUGGAUUAUCUCCUCUUUACCAGCAGUAAGCUAGCUGGGAGCCCUUCCAACAGCAGAGCGCUCCGGAUGUUAUCAGAUCUGGUUCAGCGUUGCCUAGUAACUGUCCCGUCCAGGCUUGAGGUUCCGUUCAGCUCGGCCCAGUACUGGAACUGCUUCAGAUUUCACAACAAGGUUGUCUCCCACUACCUGAGCUGUCUGCCCCAUACCCAGCACCCCCAUGUCCUGGAGAGAUUACGAUACACCAUGCCCACCAACGCUGAACUUGCCCUGAGGUUGCUACAUCAAGAAUGGCAGGAUGGAAACAUAGAACAUCUGAAAUUCCAGGCCAGAAUGUUGAGCAGUAGCGUUCCAAACUGUCUGACCAACUGGAAAAUAGUGAUCGCUGUGGAGAGGGAACUAAAGGAGCGCUCCGAGGUCCGGCUUCUUUAUCAGCAAGCCCUGCAAAACCUUCCACUGUGUGCCACCCUAUGGAAAGAUCGCCUGCUGUUUGAAGCUGCGGAGGGAGGUAAAACUGAUAAACUGAGGAAACUUGUUGACAAGUGUCAAGAGGUGGGAGUGAGUCUAAGUGAGCCCCUAAAUUUAGGCUUGAGCAAAACGGAGGGAGAGGAGCACUGGGGAUCAACCCCCCUCCCCAAAAAACGAGAUUCAAUCUAAGUCCUAUCAGACCAGACCAGACCACUGCCUAGUUUAGCCAGAUAGGGGAAGACUCUGCUGCAGCCCUCCCGCAGUAGCACUCUCUCUGGGCGGUCGGGAGGUGUCCGCCCCUACGCAGGACGGUUGUUCGCUCAUCCCUGAAGCCAAUGAAUGAACUCCCGCCUCCCUGUCCAAACUCUGGGCCACGCACUCAGGGUUAUAUCACCUUACAUCAUGUACGUAAGUAUAGACCUGCUAACUAAGUGACAUCUUUGCGGUUUUAUUUUUAAUUUACAUGUUUUUAGUUUGGCUUUUAUUUUAACCUUUUACCUUUAUGUACGGGGUUGGAGGAAUUGACAGACUAUAACAUCCUAACAGGGAUGUUGACGUACGUCUGUCUUGAGUGUUUUAAAGGAUGUUUUCCCCUAAUAGUGACGCUCGCUGCUGCUAUCUACAGUAUGUGUAACUUUUUGUUUUCCGGUGUCUUCCAAGGGAAGAGAUAAAUGACUAUUUUAUUUCUAUAUUUGUUUUAAGAAGUGAUUAAAAAAACAUUAAUAACCACAUGAAAAUUAAAGGGCCAGCCAUGGUGACAACAAAAUGGCUGCCUGCAAAAGUAUUUAUAUUUGGCCCCUCUCAUCACUGACCCGUGUAUUUUUGAGACUGCCAGCCAGACUGCUGAAUGCUGUGAUCUCCUCUCCGCCAGUCGACCAGCAGGGAAGAUCCUUUAAACGCAUCACUAGGCGAGGAUAGUCACAAACAUCUACUAGUUUAAAUGUUCUCAUGUGCAAUUUCGUUUUUGUCAAAAAUAUUAUUAUAAUGGUUAAGAGUAUUUGAGAGGAGGAGCCAAGGAUUAAAGUAUUUCAACUGUUUUUGUAUGUUGAAAUUGAAUGUGUUUAUAUUAAAUUAUUUUCUAAUUUA